GUGACGGAGCAGCCUGUAGCCGAUAACUAAAUGACCAUGGAAUCUGGUGCAGAGAACCAACAGAGUGGAGAUGCAACUGUUACAGAGGCAGAAAAUCAACAGAUGACUGUACAGGCACAACCACAAAUUGCAACAUUGGCCCAGGUAUCCAUGUCUGCAGCUCAUGCAACAUCAUCUGCUCCCACUGUGACCUUAGUGCAGUUGCCUAAUGGACAGACAGUUCAAGUCCAUGGUGUUAUUCAAGCUGCCCAGCCAUCGGUUAUUCAGUCUCCGCAAGUCCAGACAGUUCAGAUCUCCACUAUUGCAGAAAGUGAAGAUUCACAGGAAUCUGUGGACAGUGUCACUGACUCCCAGAAACGAAGGGAAAUUCUUUCUAGGCGACCUUCUUACAGGAAAAUAUUGAAUGAUUUGUCCUCAGAUGCCCCAGGAGUGCCAAGAAUUGAGGAAGAAAAAUCUGAAGAAGAAGCAACAGCACCUGCUAUUACUACUGUCACCGUGCCAACUCCAAUUUAUCAAACAAGCAGUGGGCAAUACAUUGCUAUCACCCAGGGAGGUGCCAUCCAGUUAGCAAACAAUGGCACGGAUGGAGUCCAGGGCCUGCAGACUCUAACUAUGACCAAUGCAGCUGCAACCCAGCCGGGUACCACCAUUUUACAGUAUGCACAGACUACUGAUGGACAACAAAUUCUGGUACCCAGCAACCAAGUAGUAGUACAAGCUGCUUCGGGAGAUGUUCAGACCUACCAAAUUCGCACAGCACCCACAAGCACCAUUGCACCUGGUGUCGUCAUGGCAUCUUCCCCAGCUCUUCCCACUCAACCAGCAGAAGAAGCAGCACGAAAAAGAGAAGUCCGUCUAAUGAAGAACAGGGAAGCAGCACGUGAAUGCCGCAGGAAGAAAAAAGAAUAUGUCAAAUGUCUAGAAAACAGAGUAGCUGUCCUUGAAAACCAAAACAAGACAUUAAUUGAAGAAUUAAAAGCACUUAAGGACCUCUAUUGCCACAAAUCAGAUUAAUUUUAAUUCCCCAUUUUUUGUUUGUUAAUGGGGGAAAAGACUGGUUUGGUGAUAGUCAAACAGACAAAAUGAACUUUUUAUUUUCUAAGAAUUUUUUUCUUUUUUUUUCUACAUACAC